CAUUAAACCUACAGAGACAUUUAAAAAAAGAUUGAGUGUUUUAAUAGCGCUGGAAUACGAAGUUAAAUAGAGGGUGAACUCACGCCCUGUUGUGCUGCAGGAUGAAUGGAGGACUUUACAUUAGUAAUGUGUUUAGAGUCCAGGCUGAAGAAAAAUGAAUUUCACUCAGAAAUUUAGAUUGUAAAUAUCUAAAUUAGCGCAUUUUGUUACUUCUAACCCGUCCAGGCGCCAAUAUUAUGGCAAUGCUUUAUUUCUGUCCUCAAUUCAACCAUACAUUGUGUUUAUAUAUUAUAUAUUAGCCAAAUAUUAUCAUGUAUUAUAGCAAAUGAUUCUGUCAUUAUUUAAAAUUAACAGUUAUUUCACUAGAAGCACGUUGGUAAUGAAGAGUAACAAUGUAUUGCGCAUAUGAUCAUAAAGAGCUUUUAAUACAUAUAUUUAUAUUUUUGUUUUUUUAAGAAUAAUGUUUACAUGCAUGUUAAAAGCAUUAAAUUAGCAUAUUUAUUAUGAAUUUUACUCUUGGUAGCAAGCAAAAAAAAGCUAAAUUAGUUUUUGUGUUUGUAAACACAUUUAUGAUUCAGGCCUGCAUCUCGAAAGGCCUGCGUUUUUUUGAAAGUCAUAUGUGUCUGUGUAAUAUGUCUUGUGCCAUGGCAUUAUUUUAUUUACUAAGAUGCGACAAAGUAAAUAAAAAUUAUGCCCAUUGUAACAGUUCCUGGGUCUGAGCGGGUUAAUACUGGCUUUAAUUUUCAUGCGUAUAUAUCAUGGUUUCUAAUAAACACACCAAACCGCAAAGAAGUUUGAUUUAUUACCUAUAAUUACAGGCUAAAAGAGUUAUAUUAGAGUGUAUUACAUAGACGUAAUUGAGUUGUUCAUGUAAAGAUUGUUUUCUUUGGCUUGAUCUGCUGUAGAUUGCAAUCUGUUUGUCAUGUGAUAAGAAUGAUGCAAUUUUAUUUCUUGCAAUUAAUUUAACCUCCAGGACUCUGCCGGUUGCCAAACCCCCCCCCCACGAGCCGAAUGAACGGAAAUCACAAUAUACAAUAUUCACCCACGAGCCUCGAUCUAUACGUCAUUGCAAUCAUGCUUAAUUCAUUUCGUUAACACUUAAUUAACCACGUUAAUUUUGUCUAGUGCGAUUGCUUUCACUGUCCAGUGGCUUCCGUGUCUCAUUUUGUUCAUUCGUGAUUUAUAGUCGUGUUUAUCUGGAUCUUUGAGGGUGAGUUAGUCGGACUAAUGCACGGGAAUAAGCGAUGGAAGGAAAGAGGGUGGUUGAAAUAAAUCUGUUUUUUAUUCCAGCAAGUCCCAGAAUCCCACCAGCCGAAUCCAAAAUCAACAGGGCAUAAACGCUCGGAUGUAUUCCUACCAUUUGGGUUUGACAGAACCGAUGAGAAUCCACUCCACUCGGUUUCAGUUUUGACCUGGUUUGUUUCCAGAUGUCAUUUAGGGACUCUUGACGCCAAACUGAAGCCAAGCGCUUAUGGCUUAAAAACACAGCCCUAUAAGCCUACAUAAACAAAGGCUUGGCAAUCCAGACAUGGAAAAUGUCUGAUUCUAGCGAAUAAAAGCCAUGAUUUGUCCACGGUUGACAACUUCUGUUAGUGGUGGGCUAGAUGUGUGGCAACAUCAUAGACAGAGAUGGAUAUUACCCUGGCUUUAUAUCCCCCCCUUCUGUUUCUAGGCUUGGGCCCCUGAUGGUUGGGGCUUGUGUGGUCUCUAAACACUCUCCCUGCCCCGAGCGAAGCUCUCUGUACCCCAACACACACACACACACUCUCACCACUGCGAUGUCACACCUUUCCAACAGCUCAGUGCGAGAUCACAUGAAAUGGGCUGGGUUGCUUGGCUGUGAAGCGGUGCUGUCCAGCAUGGCGCUCAUGCAGGCCGGCUCAAUGUCCAGCCAUAAGAAGAUGGGCUCUCAUCUGGGCCAGGGACAGAGAGAAAACAAUCACAGCCACAAUCACAACCAGAACCACAACCAGGACACCCACAGCCAGCACGGCCACAUGGUGCUUCCCUCAGGAGUCAGCUGCCCACCACUGCUCAUCCGCAAGGACGGAGAGUUUCACUCUUCCAGGCUCUUGGAUGAAAAAGACAUGCAAGCCAGCCAGAACGUGCAGCCAAAGAAGAAGAACAGGAAGUCUGGACUUCCCACCAAAAUGAGAGAAAAACCCCAGGUGGAGAUUCCUGACGUUAAUGACGAUAUCUCACUCGGCUCUCAAGUGCAGAAGAACUUCAUAUGUGAGCACUGCUACAGUGCUUUCCGCAGUAGUUACCACCUCAAACGGCACAUUCUCACCCAUACGGGGGAAAAGCCAUUCGGGUGUGAUAUGUGUGACAUGAGGUUUAUUCAGCGCUACCACCUGGAAAGACAUAAGCGUGUUCACAGCGGUGAGAAGCCUUAUCAGUGUGACCGCUGCCAACAGAACUUUUCCAGAACCGACCGGUUACUACGGCAUCGCCGUUUGUGUGCCGUGGGCAUCCCUAAAGAGGAGAACCAGCCGUGCUGUGAGGGACGCUCAUAUUCUCAGGACCCCUCUCAGCACUCGGCGUCCUGGAGCCCACUGCAGACAAACAACAGCAGGCUGGCGGCGUGACAGCCUUCCGAUCGCUCGUACAAACCACUUCCCAGCAAACACAUCGGACGCGCCAACAUGACCUGACCGGGGGUCUGAGCCUGUAAAAAAAAAACUGUUUAAAGACUCCAACACGUCCAGCUCCGAUUCACCCGGCUCAACCCCACUGGACUCUUUUAUACUGCUUAGACUCUGGAAAAUAGCGUAUUUUGUAUUUUAGACGGUACUGUGACCAGCAGGUGGGUUAGUUGUUCAUUCAGUCCAUGCAAUAAUGACUUCUGGUAGUUUAGAAAGGCAUCCUUUUGUAGUUCCCAUGCAGGACUGUAGAUUGUUGGGAUUCUCAGUGUUACGGUGCGCUUACAUUUACUGAUGCUCUGCAAGCAAAUCCAUUCAUUUCUAUAGGAAUCUGCACAGUCGAGACUUUCGCACAAGGCUGAAAAUGUUCCCCCUGCAGAUUUUGCUACUUUUUAAAGUUGUUCACGCAACAAAUUCACAGCUUGGACAAUAAUAAGCUACUUGGAUUUAAAGGGACUCGUGCUACAAACAUCCCUACAAUAUUGACGAAAGACAGCGGACCCUUUUGUCCACAAAAUUGCAAACAAGUCAGCUCUAGUGAUGCACAUUCUGAUACAAUACAUUUUGUGAGUGUGCACGAGAAUGCUUCAUUUCCUGUUAAGUGAAGCAGAAAUGGUGCACUGAAGAGAGAGAGCUGAAACUCCACUUCAGGCAAUCAAAGAGUUUGUUUCUUCAUCGGAACGGAUUUAGAGAAAUAGCCUUGCAUCGGUUGCCCGCCGAUGGAUCCUCUGCUGUGAAUGGGUGCCGUCGGAAUGAGAGUUUAAACGGCUGAUUAAAAUAUCACAGUAAUCCACAAGUAAUCCACACCGCUCCAGUGCAUCAAUUAACAUCUUGUGAACUGAAAAAUUGCAUUUUUAUAAUAAAUAGAGCCAUUAUCAUGCAAAACAAGCAGCCAUUGUGUUCCCGCUAAAAUACUCCUUCCAUAAUAUUGAAAAAGUCUUCUCAUCUUAAUCUUGAGAGAAAUAUGCACAGAUUAAGCUCCAUUUACAAGCCAAAACAGUCUAAAACACAGAUUUGUCAGUGAAUUUUUGAUUUGAGAAGACAACACCAUUAUAUACACCAUUAUAUAGUGUGAGCUGGUAUUUUGGUGGAAAGCGACAGUUUAAAGUUAAAAUGCAUUUAUUUAUGUCCUUCAUACUUCACAUCGUAUUUCGUGAAGUCUUGUGGAUUAUUGUGAUUUUUAUCAGCUGUUUGAACUCUCAAUCUGACGGCACCCAUUCACUGCAGGGGAUCCGUUGGCAAAUUAGUGAUGUAAUGCUUAUUCGCUCUGUUUUGAUGAAGAAACAAACACAUUUACAUCGUGGAUGGCCCGAAGGUAAAUACAUUAUUGGCAAAUUUCCAUUUUAGGGGCGACUAUUUCCUUCAAAUACUGUGAUAACAGCUCAGGCCAUAGGCGGCUUUACACGGGCCUUUACGGUUUUAGCAGAAACAUCUGGAACAUCAUCCAUCCUCCAUCCACAGGAGAGCUCAUUCUUUGUGGCCUACAUUACGGCGUCAAGCUUUUGAAGUUGGCCUUUCGGUCAACUUGAACACCGACUUUUUCGUCGACUAUUUGCUUAUGAAUGACAAAUUUUGUCACCGUAAGAUGUGACUCAUGCGGCGAGUCUGCGAGCAUCUCAGCUUCUCUUCCGAAGUCACUGGAUUGACGAACCCGAGCCAAGAAUAACAAAGAAAACCUUUUAACAGGUUGUACAGUUCAUAGAAAGACAGAUGUUUAUAUAAAACCGCUAGUUUUUCGCAGAGGUCUCGUUACGUUUCUUAUCACGUAGCCCUCGGCCCUUGAACACGGACUUCUGACGCAGUCAAGCUUGAGUUAAUAUAUUUUUUCAACAUUUUAAAUAAUUUAAAUAGAAACCGUAGUAGGAUUAGACUGCUGCCCCUGUCUGACGUGGCAGAUUCACUGUAUUUUUUUACUUGUACACUUGCAUGUUCCUUUCGUUACGCUUAUACAGGAAAAGGACUUGUAUUGUGAUUGUUUCAGAUAACGAAAACAUUCUGAAAAAUGCUUUGGUCCAUUCGUUUGGUAUUUUUUUAUCGUUUUCAAACAUGAACUACAGGUCAACUUUAUUCUGUCCUGUUAGACACCGUAGUGAGUCCUAGUUGACAAUAAAUUUUCUUUAAAAAAAAAAAAAAAAAAAAA